AUGACACUGUGCCAUCACUUUAGCUUCUUCAAUUUCACAGAUUCAUAUCACGCGCUCAAAAGUCGCCAUCUUGAAGGCAGCACCGUCAUCCCCUCCAACAAAAAAACUACAACUCCUGUAUCCCCCUCCCCCUCGCCUGGUCCCGAUGUGCAAGCGAUCUCAGGAGCGAAGGAACUCUUGUUGACCCUCGACUUCUAUCUGUCUAUUUUCCUCUCAAUUCCAAACACCAAAAUGAGUGACGACGCGGAACUGGCUGCCAUUCGCGAAAAGAGGAUGCAGGAGCUCCAAGGAAUGCAAGAUUCUCCAUUUGGACUCAAAGUUCCUGGUAAUGCUCCAGCUAUGCAGGGUCAGCAUCAGAAGCAGGAGGAGAUGAUGCAGCAGCAGCAGCAGGCAAUCAAUGGACUGCUAAACCAGGUGCUUGACCAGCAGGCUAGAGCAAGGCGUAAGUGUAGGCUUGUAUAUUUUUAAUUUAGCUAUUGCAAGUGAUAAAGAUUUAAUUUCAAAGUAUUGAUAUCUGCCUUUAGCAGGUUUCAUGAUUAUAAGUAAAGCAGAAAUAUGUUUUUUGUGUUUCCUUAUGAAUUGUAAAGUUUUUAUUUCUGUUUGUAUCAUUCAGUUCUACAUC